AUGUAUAAAGAAUGCCUAAGGAACCAUGCAGCCAGCCUCGGCAGCUAUGCCACCGACGGCUGCGGCGAAUUCACAUCACAACACACUUCCCUCAACUGCGGCGCAUGCGGCUGCCACCGCAACUUCCACCGCAAAGUCUCCACGCAUCACGCGGCCGCGGAGAUGAUAGACUGCGGCGGAUCUGCGGGGAACUCGCCGGGCAAGAAGAGGUUCCGGACCAAGUUCACGGAGGAGCAGAAGGAGAAAAUGCUGAGCUUUGCGGACAAUCUGGGGUGGAAGUUGCAGAGGAAAGAGGAGGAAGACGAGAUCGAGAGGUUUUGCAGAGGCCUUGGGAUUACUAGGAAAGUCUUUAAAGUUUGGAUGCACAAUCACAAAAACUCUCCCUCUCUUUCUGCUUCAACUGGAAAUGCUUCUUCUCUCACUGAUGAUCAUCACUACACAUCAUAA